AUGGACGGCAAGCAUGGGUGGUACAGCGGCAGGUGCCGGCCGCCGGCGAUCAACGACGUGCAGGAACUCAAGGACAGCUUUGGAGGCAAGGAGGCCACGGCGCCGUGGUCCGACCUGUGGACCGGCGGCCUCGUCUGCGCCUUCGAGUUCGUUCGCCGUCGCGGCCACGGCUUCGUCAGCCCGCACGACCUCUCCCGCAGCAACUCCUCGAAAUCCAAGGACCUUCCGGUCAUCACGGAUUCCGGUUCUUCCACCGACGGCGACGAGCCGAGGCCAGCGUGCAGGCACGGGAGGGCGGCGCCGGCCGAGAGCUACUGGUCUCCCAUCGGCUGGGCGAGGAUCACGAAGCUGGUGGCGAUGGUCGACGGGGACGACACGGCGUGGCACGACGAGCAGGGGAUCAGCAGCCUCACGGACGCCGAUGCCGACGGCCAGCACUGCUGCGGCGAUAGCGACAUCACCGUCGCCGACGUCGCCGUGCCGUACUGGCAGCGACCGACGAGUCCGACCUGGUGGUGCCACGUCGCAGCGGGGCACCCGGCCGUGGACGCGUGGCUGGCUACCAGCGCGCGGUGGCUGCACCCGGCAAUCUGCGUUGCUCUCAGGAAUGAGACCAUGAUCAUCAGUGAGAAGAUGAAGCAUCUGCUCUAUGAGGUCCCUGUUAGAGUUUCAGGAGGCUUGCUUUUCGAGCUAUUAGGUCAAUCCGUAGGCGAUCCGACUCGUGAUGAAGACGACAUUCCUGUUGUGAUCCGUGCUUGGCGAGCUCAAAAUUUCCUGAUAACAGCUCUCCAUGUGAAGGCUCAGCACCAAACACUAUGGUGCAAAUACGUAUUUGGUGCAGCUGAUGAAAUUGAACUUAAAUUUGUAAACAGGCGAAACGAAGAAGACCUGAACCUGCUAUGUAUAAUCUUCAACCAAGACAUUAGAAGGUUGGCCACCCAGAGGAGAUUUGAACUCCUAAAGUAUCUAGGGGGAAGCACCACACAAUCCUUGCUUGAGGAUAUAAAGAAAGACGCAAGGAAAAUGAUCGAAGAGCAAGAGGCUGUCCGCGGUCGGCUGUUCACCAUUCAGGAUGUGAUGCAGAGCACUGUCCGUGCUUGGUUGCAGGACAAAAGCCUUCGCAUUACACAUAACCUGACAAUAUUCGGUGGGUGCGGCCUCAUUCUGUCCAUCAUCACAGGACUGUUUGGUAUCAAUGUCGACGGGAUACCUGGAGCCAAGAACACUCAAUAUGCUUUUGCAUUGUUCUCUGGUCUUCUGUUCUUAGUAGGUCUCCUGUUGAUCGUCGCCGGGAAUAUCUAUUUUGGGCUGAAAAAUCCGAUCAGCGAUCAGCAGGUUCAGGUGAGAAAAUUGGAGCUCCAGCAGCUAGUCUCAAUGUUCCAGCACGACGCCGAGACACAUGCCAAGGUUAGGGAAGGGGUCUUAAUAAGGAACGACUUGCCUCCGAGAGCCGCUGAUCUCAUAUAUGACCAAGGUGAUUACUAUUUCAAUGAUUCACCAAUGGAAGUUAGAAUUCAUUGUUCAUGA